UUAAAAAAAAUGUUUGUUAAUUCCCAAAUUUAUCGUCACUUCACACUAAACCUUCAUUAUAUUUAUGUGCAUAUUUUAUAAACAUUGUUAACUCUGACGGCUAAGUUUGGAAACACUUAGAUUUUUAUCAACCUUGGUCACGGUUAAGUACUCCUUAGCAUAAUAACAUUAUGUCUGAGUCUAAGUACUCGACCAUCAUCAGUCAUCUAACAUCGGUCGGCCUAUACGGUUAUCAUUAAAUUCAAGGAAUACUGUGCUAUGGUGUAUACCAAAUACCAAUAAAUGAUUUUCUUUGAUAAAGAAACACCGUGAGCAUUAAUGUAGCAUCGGAUAGAUGAACCUGUGUUAUUUGCAACAAGUUGGUAUACACCGCGAUAGCUUGGAAAAGUUCAUGAGCUCGACGUUUAAGGACAAGGACAUUUUCAAACCUUGAAAGCACAAAAGUUUAAUGGAUGAAUACAAAUUCCAAGAAUCCGUGGAGCGGAAAGGAAUUAAUUCAUUUACUAUCACUCAGAAUGGAAAGGUAAUUUUGAAAAAUAAAAAAGGUAAACAGAGGAUCAUAAUUUUCUCAGCGGUGGCAGCUCUGGCUUUAUUUGUAUUUGCAAUUUUCAUCUAUUACAAAAGUUUUGACAAUAAUGCAGUGUGCAUGACUAAGUCGUGUUUAAAAUCAUCUGUGAACCUAAUAGAAUGUAUGAACGACACAAUCGAUCCGUGUGAAGAUUUUUAUGAAUUUGCUUGUGGUAGUUUUGAAGAAAAUCAUCCUUCUUUUACCGCCUCAAACGAAAAUAGUUGGGACACUAUAUUGACUCAGAAAGCUUCAGCUAUAGUUAAGAGAUUUCUAGAGGAGGAAAACAAAGAAAAUGAACCGGAAGCCAUUCAUAAGACCAGAAAGUUCUAUCAAUCUUGUUUAGAUGCUGUAACAGGGAAAAUGGACAAAAAGUUCAACACCCUCAAGAACGUGUGGAUGGAUAUAGGACUAGAUACAGAUUACUUGGACGACUCUGUUCCUUUGGACGUGGAAAGGGUACUUGCAAAGUACAAAUCUAAUUUGAACCUAGACAUAUUUUUUGGCCUGAACGUAUACGACGAUCCUCGGAAUUCGUCAAGAACUCUUCUGGUCGUUCAUCAAACCGACGUGCUUCCUUAUUCUAAGAAUAGAAUAAAUAUAGUGACGGACGAAUCUAUUACAGUCGGCAUACCAAAGUACAUUGACUUGUACGAGUCGCUGGUGGACUUGAUGUUGAAUCGCACUCAACGCUGUUGGAAUCCCAGGGUACAAGAUUUGCUGAGUACAUCACAAGAGCUCUACGACUUAUCAAGAAAACUCAUUGGCGUUAAAGAAUAUUCGUACCCGAAUAAGUCGUACAUCCCCGAAGUAUUUACCAUAGGGCGUCUGCAAAAACUCACCGACCAAUUCGGAGGUCAUUUCCAAUUCAACUGGACGACUUUUAUGAGGGAAUUAUUCGGCAGCACCGACCCAGAAGUCUACAGAUUGGUCAACGAGGACGAUCGUGAUAUUUUGGUCUACAACAAAUAUUACCUAAUCGACGUGUUCUCCAUUCUGGCCAACACUACAAAAGCUGUAAUAAAAAUGUCAGUACUAGAACAUGGGUUGAGAGCUAUCGAUAACAUUCUGCCGAUUGCAAAGAUGGACGACAAAUACUGUAUGACCAUAACCAAAGAUUUGUUUAACAUGGCGACAGGAUAUGCGUUUAAGAACGCACAGAACGACGACACUAAAAUCGCAGUCAACAGAAUGGUUGACAGUAUAGUGUCGGCGUUUCGCAAGAUGAUAGGCGACGCACGGGGAAUGGACGAUAAAACCAAAACAGCUAUACUGCGGAAACAAAACCAUCUUAAAUGGUUUAUCGGCUAUCCCGACAACUACGAGCACAUGCUGGAUCAACUAUACGGAGAGUUAAAAGUCACCGAAGACCACGCGCAGAACGUUCUGUCAAUUACAAGACAUCAAGUCAAGUUGUUGUGGAGAGAGUUGCUCAAUACAACGGACGUAGAGUUCAUGGAAUGGGAAGUCCCGCCCGAUGAAGUAAACGCAUACAACCUUAACUCGAGGGUGGCAUUUUUUAUGUCAGCUGCGAUUCUACAAUCUCCUUUGUACUACAACGGCGUCCAGUCCAUAGAUUAUGGCAUCACUGGAAGCACAAUAGGACACGAAAUGACGCACAACUAUGACAAUACGGGCAGGCUGUUUAACGAGUUGGGCAACGUCCAGCCAUGGUUGACUGACAAAUUCAACAAAGAGUACAAACGCAAAAUUAACUGUUUAAUUAAUCAUUAUGACGGUACACCAGUGACCAUAAACAAUCAGACAUUUAAACUCGAUGGCGUUUUGACGCUGGACGAGAACAUCGCAGACUUGGUCGGAUUAAAACAAGCGUACCUUGCUUACCAGAGCUUCGUGAAAGUCCAUGGAAAAGAACCCAGGCUGCCUGGUCUAGAGCGAUACACCAAUGAACAAUUGUUCUUCUUAGGCUACGCGAACCAAUACUGUAAUUUCUACUACGAAGAUCCCCAAGACGAGAUGGAGAACGUACACAGUCCGAAAACGGUCCGGGUUCGGAGUGUCUUGUCUUUACUACCGGAAUUCGCGGACGUCUGGUCUUGUCCGGUGGGCUCCAAAAUGAAUCCUAAAGUUGAAAAAUGUCAAAUCUGGUAACUUGGUCAAGUGACGCGAUUAAGAAAAAGAAAAAAAUCUCUAUGCGAUCUGCAUUUUUUCAGUGUGAUUGAAAAAAGCUUUACUAGAGCCCAGUAGCGUUCUCGUUAAAGUUCAUCAUUGCAAUAAUAGUAUUAAUUAUUUAUAAUUUUAUUAAAUAUAAUAUAAUAUAAAUGUAUUUAUUAUUUGUUUAAUAUUAUACCUAUUAUAUUUUAGUGCCCUAAGUACGCUAAUAUUAAUUUAUAGUUAUAUAGUAUGUAUGUAGUAUUGUAUGCAGUAGCUGGUCACGCGUUAACUCGAUUACAAUAAUUGUUUUUU